AUAAAUACCCAAAUCGAACGAACAAUUUGACAUCACAACGCCAACGAGUCAAACGACUCCUCCUCGAGCAAGCACGGCGGCGUCCAUCUACGCGCUAGGGUUUCGUUUCGUACUCUCCGAAAAGAACAAACUUGGAAUCAUCUAAAACCCUAGAGCUACGAUCACUACGGGUUAGAUCAGGUGUUUGUUAGGGUUUUGCGAUAUCAUAAGCUCGAAUCCUGAGCUAGGGCUAGUUGAAAACAACAAUUUCUCUUCAUGUGCAGGUUCUUAGGUAGAGAUAGAUACAUAGAACUAGAAGGAUUUUUAUUGAACAAUGGACGGUGGUGGCGGUUUCGCUGAACAACACUAUGAUUCGGUCGCCUUUAACGACGGCAUAGAAGAGGAAGAAGAAGAACAAUACGAUGAUGAACAAUACGGUGAGGAACAAACCCAACAACAGUUCUCAUCGGGCCGUCGUGGGAUCGAGUCAUAUGGUAACAACGUAGAUGGUAGUGCAGGCAAUGACAUAGGACACCGGCAUCGUGGUGGUGAUUCUUCUUCAGGAAAACUCUUUAUUGGAGGCGUCGCGUGGGAGACAUCCGAAGAGAGAUUUACCAAUUACUUCCUCAAGUAUGGAGAGAUCACAGAUUCUGUGAUUAUGGUGGAUAAGCUUACAGGAAGAUCACGGGGAUUUGGAUUUGUGACAUUUGCUGACCCAGCAGUUGCUGACAGGGUUUUGGAGCAAGAACAUGUUAUAGAUGGCAGAGCGGUGGAAGUGAAAAGAACAGUCCCUAGGGAGGAAAUGCAGGGUCAAGGAGCACAAAGAACAAGGAAAAUCUUCGUUGGUGGCAUACCAACAUUUUUGACUGAAGAUGAGCUGAGGGAGUAUUUUUCUUCCUAUGGUAGCGUUGCAGAGCACCAGAUUAUGAUUGAUCGUGACACUGGGCGGUCAAGAGGCUUUGGGUUUGUUACCUUUGAGAGCGAAGAUACUGUUGAGAGGAUUUUCUCUGAUGGCAAAACUCAUGAACUUGGUGGCAAACAAGUGGAAAUAAAGAAGGCCGUGCCGAAAAGAGCUGGAAGUGACUAUACUUAUGAUGUUAGGACACGUCACGGUGGGAGUUCUUCAAAGUCCUAUGGUGGCUUUGGCAGAGGUGCAGCUGAAUAUGGAGGUGGUGGAUACGGUGGAAAAAUGAGCAGACAAUCUGGUCCCUAUGAUGGGUAUGGUGGUUAUGGCAGUUAUGGUGGGGGAAACUACGGUGGUGGAGCAUAUGGUGGCUACGGUGGAUAUGGCUAUGGUGGAUUUGGGUUUUGGGGGCCUAUGUAUAAUAAUACCAGUGGUUAUGGAGGUGGUGAUUAUGGUACCCCUGGUGGUUAUGGUGGGGGCAGCGGUAGCACUGGGUAUGGUGGUGGUAAAGGUUAUGGAGGUGGUGGUGCUGGGUAUGGUGGCAGCGGCGGCGGUAGAGGAUUCGGAGGUGGUGCUGGGUAUGGUGGUGGUGGAGGUAAAGGAUAUGAUGGCGGUGCUGGGUAUGGUGGCGGCGGUGGUAGAGGAUAUGGUGGCGUUGGCGGCGGCGGUGGUGGCAGAGGAUACGGUGGUGGUGGUAGUAGUGGAUAUGGUGGCAAUAAAGGAUAUGGAAAUGGUGGUGGUGCAAGCGGAAGGUUCCAUCCUUACCAGAAGUGAAGUAAUAUAACUAGCGUUUUGCGGACAUCCAAAUUACCAAUUCGAACCGUAUCUAUUUUCUUGUAACAUUUGGUGAGAGAUGUUUGCCCCAUUUGAAUGUGGAUUUGAUUGUUUUCUGUUGCUGUUUCAGAUUCUGAAUGAGAACUUUGGUUCUAGUAGUGCUGUAUUUUGAGGAUCAAUAUGUAUCCGGAGGUUAAAAUUAGCGGUGCUGAUUACACUGUUUUGUUAGAUUGGAAAACAAAUUUCAGAACCUGUAUUUUUAGCCUGGCAAUCUGUAUAAGAGUGCCCUGCAGGUGGUUGUACUAUUUUUUGAGGUUAGAAUCUCCAUAAUGGUAAACAACCAUGCUCCUCUCUCUC